UGAGACUGAGCAGUUGUGUCUUUCUACACCUGUACAAAAGGCAUUUGCAUAACACAAUGCUGGAUUGUGUUCAAGUAGGAGGAGGAGGACAGAAUACAAAAUGAAGGCGGGUCAUUUUGGAUCAGCUUCACAGGACUGCAUACAGCUUUCACCAUCGCUGAACAGCCAGCACAAAUAGAGAAGAUGAUGUCAGACACCAAAGCAUCUGGGAUGGUCGUGGCUACAUAUGGAGAUCAUUUUGCAUAAUGCCUGAAGGGAGGUGGUGACAAGUUCUGUUUGUCUGACAGGUUUUCAGCCGCAUUAUAUAAACCGCCCAGUGUUGCCCAUCUCAGUUUAUCAACUCAAAGAACAACCAGCACACAUAGAGAAGAUGGAGUCGGACACCAAAGCUGGGCCAGUGCGUGUGAUGGUGACUGGUGGAUCUGGGAUGUUGGGCAAAGCCAUUGAGCAUGUGGUGAUGAACGAAGGUCUGAAACGGGAGGGAGAGGAAUGGAUCUUCCUCUCUUCCAAAGAUGCCGAUCUUCGAGACCUCGGGCAGACCAAAGCUGUGUUCAAGAAGCACCGUCCAACUCAUGUCAUCCACCUCGCUGCAAAAGUCGGGGGCCUCUAUGAGCACAUGAGGGACAACCUGCUUUUUCUGAGCGACAACCUCAGAAUCAACGACAACGUGCUGCAAACAGCCCACGACACGGGCGUCAUCAAGGUUGUGUCUUGCCUGUCCAGUUGCAUCUUCCCUGACAAAAUCACAUACCCCAUUGAUGAGACCAUGAUACACAAUGGAUUACCUCAUGACUCCAAUUUUGGAUACUCCCAUGCUAAACGGCUGAUUGAUAUUCAGAACAGGGGAUACUUCGAGCAGUAUGGCCAUCGUUACACUGCAGUCAUCCCGACCAAUGUGUUCGGUCCCCACGACAACUUCAACAUAGACACAGCCCAUGUGAUGUCGGCACUCAUCGGCAAGACAUACAAAGCCAAAAUGGAAGGAACUCCUGUGACUGUAUGUGGCACUGGAGCUGCAAGAAGACUGUUCACCCUUUCCUGGGACGUGGGCCGUCUGAUUGUUUGGGUCCUGAGAGAAUAUGAUGAAAUUGAGCCGAUUAUCCUCUCUGUGGGUGAAGAGGAUGAGAUCUCCAUCAAAGACGCUGUGGAAAUGAUCGCAGAGGCUCUGGACUUCAAGGGCGAAAUAAAGUAUGACACCAGCCUGUCGGACGGCCAGCUCAGGAAGACAACGAGCAUUGCCAAGCUAAGACGCUACCGUCCGGACUUCACCUUUACGCCCGUCAAAGAAGGUAUAAAGAUGACCUGUGACUGGUUUGUGGCCAACUACAACAGCGCCCGGAUAUGAAGAGACCAAACACUGAGCUAAAAAUAUUUUGGUAAUAUAUAUAAUAUUAGUAAUACAUUUUAAUAUAAUCAUUACAGGGCUCAUUGUUCCCCAACUUUUCCUAAAUAUAUCAUGAAAUUGUUAUAUGAUUUGGAGAGAACCUGAUAUUGAGUCUGUAUUAUAUACACAUGUCUAUAUUUUCUACAUGUAAUCUCUAUCUGUAUUAUUUGUAUUCAAAGUUCAGAUUACCGUAUGUUUUUUGACAUAACA